UCUCCAGCCCGGCGUUGCCCGGCCGCCAGCCGCCGUGGCCCGGGUAGGCUGCGGGGAGAGGCCGCGGUGGCAGCGGGGCAGCUGGAGGAGGCCGAGGGCGCGAGAUUAAAACCGAAGCAGCGCUGACGAAGAACGGACAUGCUUGACCCUUGUCUGCAGUUACUUGUGUUGUGCUACGUUGUAUACCAGAAAAGAAGUGGCUGAGACCCUGUUAUUUUCAUCCCUGACUUUUCCUCGGGUUAAUAAAGCAAAAACUGCAGAAAAAGCGCCUGGGAACUGAGCAUGGUAGGAUCUUGAACAAAAGUAGCUGCUAUUGACGAAAAGAGAAAGGGAAGGAAUGGCAUCGCGAGAGAGGCUGUAUGAGCUUUGGAUGCUUUACUGCAGUAAGAAAGAUCCAGAUUACCUCAAGCUCUGGUUGGAUAGUUUUGUUUCUAGCUAUGAAAAGUUUCUGGAUGUGGACUUUGAGAAGCUGCCAACUAGGGUGGAUGAUGUUCCUCCAGGAAUAUCAUUGCUUCCUGAUAACAUUCUUCAGGUCCUCAGGCUCCAGCUGCUACAGUGUGUCCAGAAAAUGUCAGAUGGGCUGGAAGAGCAACAACAGGCUCUGUCACUUUUACUUGUGAAAUUCUUUAUCAUCCUUUGCAGAAAUUUGGCUAACGUGGAGGAGAUUGGGAUGUGUUCUUACAUUAACCAUGUUAUCACCAUGACUACAUUAUACAUUCAACAGUUAAAAAGCAAAACAAAAGAAAAAGAAGUGGCAGAUCAGACCCCUAUAGAAGAGUUUGUGAGACACGCACUGGCUUUUUGUGAAAGUCUCUACGAUCCAUACAGAAAUUGGAGGCAGAGAAUUGCAGGGCAUUUCCUUAGUACAGUUGAAAAGAGCAGACAGAAGUAUAAACCAGCUUCCCUCACUGUUGAGUUUGUCCCUUUCUUCUACCAAUGCUUUCAAGAAAGUGAACAUCUCAAGGAAAGCCUAAAAUGUUGCCUGCUACACCUCUUUGGAGCUAUUGUGGCGGGUGGUCAGAGGAAUGCCCUUCAAGCAGUAUCUCCUGCCACCAUGGAAGUCUUGAUGCGUGUUUUAGCAGACUGUGACAGCUGGGAUGACAGGAACCCCGAGGAAGUGAGCAGGAAGGCAGAGUUGACUCUGAAGUGCCUGACAGAAGUUGUCCAUAUCCUUCUAACCAGCAGUUCUGACCAGCGGCAAGUGGAGACAAGUACAAUACUGGAGAAUUAUUUCAAAUUGCUUAAUUCAGACCAUUCAGCUUUACCUAAUGCAAGGCGAUGCAGGCAGUGGGAGAACAGGUUCAUAGCACUACAGAUCCAAAUGCUGAAUACCAUCACAGCCAUGUUAGACUGCACAGAUAGGCCUGUUCUGCAGGCAAUUUUUCUUAACAGUAACUGCUUUGAGCAUCUCAUCCGACUGUUGCAAAACUGCAAGCUGUUUUUAAAUGCUAACAAUAAAGUGGCAGACAAGAGUGAGAAAGACCUUGCCAACAAAUUACUGACAGAAAUGAAUGAGGACCAGGUGUUUCAGGGACACCUAGACCACCUGGCAGUAUCAACGAUUCAAGCCCUCACAGCAGUAAUGCACAAGUCUCCAGCUGCUAAGGAGGUCUUCAAGGAAAGGAUUGGUUAUGCACACAUAUAUGAGGUACUGAAAUCGCUGGGUCAGCCCUCACGGGAAUUGCUGGAAGAGCUCAUGAAUAUGGCCGUUGAAGGUGACCACAUGGCUGUUGGGAUACUAGGCAUUAGUAAUGUCCAGCCCUUAUUGCUGCUUAUCCAGUGGCUUCCAGAGCUGGAGUCACACGACCUGCAGAUUUUCAUCUCCAAUUGGUUGAGGCGAAUCUGCUGCAUUAACAGACAGAGUCGUGCCACGUGUGUCAAUGCAGACAUGGUCAUCCGUAUCAUUGAGACACUAAAUUUCCACUCAGCACUCCAUUGUACUUGUGCAGAGAACCUGAUUGCCCUUCUGGGCUCUUUGGGGAGCCAGUCAAUGGGCUCAGAAGAACUUCUUCAACUAAUACGGCUCCUGAGGACUGAGGAACCAAAACAAGCUCACCCUUAUGUUAUUCCAGUGAUGCGAGCCAUUCUAGCAAUGGCUCGGAAGCAGGGCAUGGCCAGUGCUUUGCAGUAUUUCAACUUGUACCACAGCAUGGCUGGAAUUGCUGUCCCAUCAAUUCAUAAGUGGCCAGGCUCUGCAUUUUCUUUCAACGCUUGGCUCUGCCUUGACCAGGACCAGGUGGACCCUAGCACAACUAGCAAAAGUGGCAAGAGGAAGCAACUCUACAGCUUUUUUACAGGAAGUGGUAUGGGUUUUGAAGCAUUUAUUACAUACUCUGGGGUAUUGGUGGUUGCUGUUUGCACGAAGAGGGAAUAUGCUACAGUGAUGCUGCCAGACCAUUGUUUUUUUGACUCUCUCUGGCACAAUAUAACUAUUGUUCACAUGCCUGGAAAGAGGCCUUUUGGUCAAAGCCUUGUCUACAUCUAUGUCAAUGGACAGCAGAAGGUCUCUGCCCCACUUCGAUUCCCUGCCAUGAAUGAAUCUUUUACUUCUUGCUGCAUUGGUUCAGCUGGUCAAAGGACAACAACUCCUCCUCCAUCUCAGAUACCAGAUCCUCCUUUUUCCUCUCCUAUUAUGCCCCAUCGGACAUCACUUGGGGGCAUCCUCUCUACAGGAAGUUGGGGUGGGAUGCUUGGAAAACCAGAGCUCGUCACCAAGAUAAUCUCAGCAGGAACUCAGGACAGUGAAUGGGGCUGUCCAACAUCUUUGGAGGGCCAACUUGGGUCAGUUAUCAUCUUUCAUGAAGCACUGCAACCUCCUCAGGUGAAAGCAUUAUAUUUAGCAGGUCCAAACUGCUUAACUCCAUGGAAGUCUCAAGAGGCAGAAGUAGCAGAUCUCCCAAGUAAGGUGCUGCUUCAUUAUACGCCAAAGGCCUGCAGAAACCCAAUUUGUCUUGACCUGUCAGCAAAUCUUUUACAUGGAAGACUAACUGGAAACAAAGUUGUGAACUGGGACAUCAAGGAUAUGAUCAACUGUAUUGGUGGAGUAAAUGUGCUAUUUCCAUUGCUGGAGCAGAUCAGUUUUCUUGGUGGACAGGUGCCUGAAAAGUCUGAAGGGGAAACUCUACCUCCAGAACUAGUUACUCCUGUAGAGGGAGACUGGGUGGUAUUGUCAUCCACAAAGGCAUCAGAAGCACGCCUGGAGAAGAACCUUGUUGCAACUUUUAUCUUGAUGAUAAAACACUUUAUUCAGAGACAUCAUGUUAAUCAAGAGAAUCUCAUUCACUCCCAUGGAGUUGCCACCCUAGGAGCCUUGUUACGGAAGGUGCCAAGCAACUUAAUGGAUGUGAAUGUACUGAUGGCUGUACAGUUGUUGAUAGAACAAGUCUCAGUAGAAAAGAACAUGCAACUUUUGCAACAGAUGUAUCAACACUUGCUUUUUGACUUCAGUAUCUGGAACAGCGGGGACUUCCCCUUCAGAAUUGGGCAUAUACAGUAUCUUUCUACAAUAAUCAAAGAUAGCAGAAGGCUCUUCAGAAAGAAAUACGGUGUGCAGUUUCUUCUAGAUACACUCAGGAUUUAUUAUGGGAGUGGCUGUAAAGACAGUGAUUUGGCUCCUGAUGACCUGAGAACAAUACGGACAUCCCUGUAUGGACUGAUCAAAUAUUUCCUGAUCAAAGGUGCGACACAUGAAGAAAUACAGAGCAUUGUAGGAUACAUAGCUGCCACCAGUGAAGAGGAACAGCUCUGUGGAAUUCUGGGUGUGCUCUUCAGCCUACUUCAUUCCAGCCCAGCUCCGGACCAGCUUUUUUUAUUGCUUUUUGAACCAGGGAAUGCUGAUAUUCUUUAUGCUCUGUUGUUACAUCAAAGAUACUCUGACAGGCUUAGAGAACUUGUGUUCAAGAUUGUGGAAGAGAUGCUGAAAUGUACUAAAGUUUAUGAACGUAGUAAGCACCGUAUGAGACUCAGAGAAGUGGGAUACUCUGGCCUUGGGCUUCUUCUGAAUGAUUCGCCUGUUACUGUUUCUCUUAUUAAAAACCUUCUUAACCAAGUUCUGUUUGCAGAUCCUGCUGUGAAUUAUAAAGAUCUCAUAGCUGUGGUGUAUCUGGCUCAUAGAUCAGAUAUAAACAUGAGAGUGGUUAUCUGUAGAAAGGUUUUGCACCUUUUGCAUUCCCAAUUGGAUGCAGCACAACAGAUUUCUCAGCAGCUGGGCUGGCAGGACACUUUGGUUAGACUGUUUCUGAAAGAAAACUCAGAGGUCCAGAUGGGCUUUAAAGAGAACAAGACUGGUUCUUCAAGGGAGGAGGAAAAAAAGCUUUCUGCUGAAGAGCUUCAGAAACAUCAACCUGAUAAGACAGAAGGAGACAAACCUGGCAGCUUUGCAUCUGUUAAUGGUCUUUUUGAUCAAUGGAGUUUAGAAGACAACAAAUCCCUGGAUGGAUCUGCUCAUUUCUCUGUUAUGCCACUGGAAGAUGCAUCCACAGCAGAGAUUUCUUUUAGGUCAGAGGACCAAGAAGAAUUGUGGCACAGCAAUCCUUCACAUUUGAGUUUGGAUCUGUCCAGUGUUGACUCUUACGAAUUGGCUGACAUGGUGAAUCAGAUGACAGACAGCCAGCCCAGCACACCAUCACCUGUAGAGACCACAAAACCAUUCUCUGGGCAGUCUGACAAAGAGCUGGCUGUUAUAAAUGAUGUGGGCUGCACUGCUGAUCUUUCUUUAUUUGAAAACCAAGGAGGGGGUGCUAAUGAACUCAUACAGUUACUUACGGAUAUCCUACUGUAUAUAAUGUGGAAAGGCAUUGAAAAGUCUGAUGCUGCAGCUUGGAUUCAGAGAGGACAGGUGUUUUCUGCACUGACCAAACUGGGGAUAUCUAAUGAGUUGCUGCGACCUUCUGAUGAAAUUAAACUCAACUUGCUGGAGAAGAUGUUAGAAUGGUCAGUCACUGAUAACAGAGAUUCAAAAGCUCUCCCUACACAUGCUGAAAAUGCCUUCAAACUCUUGCUAAUUGUACAAGAUUUUCUGCAGGCAGAAGGACUAGUUAAUUCAAAUUUAUGGACAGAAAAGCUCUUGGAAGAAGUAGUGACUCUCAUGGAUAGCCUGUCAGUCUGGUACUCUGCUGGCCUAGAAGCUACCAGGCUUUCAGAGGUGCAAGUCCAGUUGCUCCUUGGUUUCAUUGCACAAGAUAACUUACAGGUCUGUGCUAUGGCAGCAGCCAAACUCAACACCCUCCUUCAGACCAAAGUAAUUGAGAGCCAGCCUGAAGCAUGCUACCUCUUGGGGAAGCUGGAAGGCAUCCUGAGUAGAUCAAUUGAAGAGAAGACAGAAACGUACUCAUUUUUGAUUCCCCUUGUUCGAACAUUGGUAUCCAAGAUUUAUGAACUUCUCUUCAUGAACCUGCAUCUCCCUUCAUUGCCUCCUACCAAUGGCAGCCCAUCUUUCUUUGAGGACUUUCAAGAAUACUGCAGCUCUGAUGAGUGGCAAGUUUAUAUAGACAAAUAUAUUAUUCCAAAUAUGAAGCAGUAUGAAGAGAAUUCAUUCAGACAUGAAAAGGAGCAGAUGGCACUUUAUUGGAAAGAUUGUUAUGAAGCAUUUAUGGUGAACAUGCACAAGAGAGACCGGGAGAGAGGAGAAAGUAAGCUUAAAUUUCAGGAGUAUAUUGUGGAACCAUUCAGCAGAAAGGCUCGACAAGAAAAUCUGCGGUACAACAGUUUGCUAAAGCAACUGAAUAGUCAACACACAGCCGUUCUGAGACAGUGGAGAGCAGCCCAGCUGUACUUGCUCUCUGAACGUGGUCCUUGGUCUGAAAUGAAACAGCAUCCUGUUCACUGGAAACUUUCAAAUGUGGAAAAUUUUUCACGAAUGAGACUAAAACUUGUGCAAAAUUACAACUUCAGUUCUCAUCAGGAAGCUAGUGACCUGAGAGAUAAUUUAGGUGUGCACCAGACACAGCCCUCUAGUGAAUCCCUACUUCUGGAGGUGGUGAAGCAGGUGAAAGUGAGUGACUUGGAAGAUGAUGUUCUUGAACUACCAGAAGAUGACACAGCAGCCAGUUCCAAUUUGGAGGAGGAUGAGCAAGGUCAGAAAGAAAAGCUGAUAUUAUCUGAAGACUGUGAACUCAUUACAGUAAUUGAUGUGAUACCUGGCAGACUGGAGGUCACUACCCAGCACAUCUAUUUCUUUGAUGGUAGCAUUGAAAAAGAGGAAGGGGUAGGUUUUGAUUUCAAAUGGCACCUCUCUCAAAUUCGAGAGAUACAUUUGCGUCGGUAUAACCUGAGGAGGUCAGCUUUGGAGAUCUUUCUCACAGAUCAAACCAACUAUUUUCUCAACUUCAAUAAGGAGGUACGAAACAAAGUAUGUAGUCGAAUCUUGUCACUGCGUUCUCCAAAUAUUUCUGGGACCAGAUCUCCACAGGAACUUUUUAAAGCUUCAGGUUUGAUGCAGAAAUGGGUGAAUAGAGAAAUAUCCAACUUUGACUACCUUAUUCAGCUGAACACGAUGGCAGGACGAACUUACAAUGACCUUGCUCAAUAUCCUGUGUUCCCUUGGAUUUUACAAGAUUAUACGUCAGAAGAACUGGACCUGAAUAAUCCUGCAGUCUUUAGGGAUCUCUCCAAACCCAUAGGGGUUGUAAAUGAAAAGAAUGCUAAGAUUGUGAAAGAGAAAUACGAUAAUUUUGAGGAUCCUCUUGGGAUGAUUGACAAGUUUCACUAUGGGACACAUUACUCAAAUGCUGCUGGUGUCAUGCAUUACCUCAUUCGGGUAGAACCUUUCACAACACUUCACAUUCAACUUCAAAGUGGCAGAUUUGACUGUGCUGACAGGCAGUUCCACUCCAUUCCUGCUACCUGGCAGGCGCUCAUGGACAACCCCAAUGAUGUCAAGGAACUAAUCCCAGAGUUUUUCUACUUUCCAGAGUUCCUGGAGAAUCAAAAUGGUUUUAAUUUAGGUCAACUUCAAAUAUCCAAAGAGGUGGUAAAUGAUGUUGUUCUACCCAAAUGGGCCAACUCACCAGAAGACUUCAUUUUUAAGCAUAGGAAGGCACUGGAAUCUGACUAUGUUUCUGCACAUCUUCAUGAAUGGAUAGAUUUGAUUUUUGGCUACAAGCAAAGGGGACCAGCUGCAGUGGAGGCACUCAAUGUGUUCUAUUACUGCACUUACGAAGGGGCUGUGGAUUUGGAUGCUUUAACGGAUGAGAAAGAAAGGAAAGCUUUAGAAGGGAUGAUAAACAAUUUUGGGCAAACUCCCUGUCAGCUGUUAAAGGAGCCCCAUCCACAAAGGCUGUCAGCAGAAGAGGUAGUGCAAAGACUAACUAAAAGUGAUACUGCUACUCUGAAUCUCUUCCAACACCUCACUGAACUGAAGUCCUUCUUCAUAGAGGGAAUCAGUGAUGGUGUGCCCAUUGUCAAAGCUGUUGUCCCCAGGAAUCAGUCACGUUCCUUUAUUUCUCAGGGAAGCCCAGAGAUCUUGGUGACAGCGAGUCUGAACUACAUUAUUGGAACUCAUGGUUGGCUGCCUUAUGAUAGAAAUAUCUCCAACUAUUUUACAUUCAUCAGAGAUACCACAGUGACAAAUCCCAAAACACAGCGCAACAUGAGUGGUCCUUUUGCACCAGGACUGGAGAUCACCUCUAAGUUGUUUGCAGUGUCCCAUGACGCAAAAUUGCUCUUUAGUGGGGGACACUGGGACAACAGCAUCAGAGUGACAUCUCUUACAAAAGGCAAGCUGAUUGGACAGCACAUCAGGCACAUGGAUAUUGUGACCUGCUUGGCAAUAGACUACUGUGGAAUUCAUUUAAUUUCAGGCUCCAGAGAUACUACCUGUAUGAUAUGGCAAAUAGUUCAGCAGGGAGGAAUGCCUGUAGGCCUGGCACCUAAGCCAGUACAGAUCCUUUAUGGGCAUACUGAUGAAGUUUCGAGUGUUGGCAUCAGCACUGAGCUGGACAUGGCAGUGUCAGGAUCCAGAGACGGGACUGUUAUUGUCCGCACUAUUCGGAAAGGUCAGUACGUGAGGACUUUGCGACCACCUUGUGAGAGUUCCCUCCUGCUGACUGUUCCCAAUCUGGCGGUGUCCUGGGAAGGCCAUAUAGUUGUCCACACCAGCAUAGAAGGAAAAACUACUCUUAAGGAUAAGAACGCUUUGCAUCUCUAUUCUGUCAACGGAAAGUAUCUGGGUUCUGAGACUCUGAAGGAGGAAGUGUCAGAUAUGUGUGUGACUGGUGACUAUAUCGUGAUGGGAAGCUUACAGGGAUUUCUUUCCAUACGGGAUCUCUACAGCUUGAGUCUGAGCAUCUCCCCCUUAGCCAUGCGACUCCCUAUUCAUUGCAUUUCUGUCACCAAAGAGUAUAGCCACAUCCUUGUUGGCUUGGAGGAUGGCAAGUUGAUUAUCGUUGGUGUUGGCAAGCCAGCAGAGAUGCGCUCAGGUCAGCUUUCCCGCAAGCUGUGGGGAUCAAGCAAACGGCUCAGCCAGAUCUCAUCAGGAGAGACUGAAUAUAACACUCAAGAUUCCAAGUGAUUGCUGCUUCUACCUUCUCUCAUGGAUUCCAGAAAUGUUUAAUCUUUUGGUCACUUUAAAUGUAUAUCUCAGCUUUCAGGGGCUUGAUUCUUAAGUCUGUUGAAGAUGAACUUAUGGUAGAGGUAUAGUAAUAAUUAUACAUAUUUAUGCAAGUUUGCUUGCUUGCAUCUUUUUCCUUAACUGUGUUGACUUGGUGAGAGCAGAAUCCCUCUCUAAAUAGCUGCUAAAACUGUCUUUCUGAAAAAAAUGGAAGGAAAAAAAACCAAACCAGACCCAAAAACCCCCAAAUCCCAGCUUGCUAAUUGAAUUUAAGUAGCAUUUGAUUUAAAGCUUUACAGGGCCAGAUGCUCCUUGAUCACGAAGAGGAUACUUUGCUUUGUUUUGACAGCAUUGGAAUUCCCCAGUAGUAAAUUAAAAUACUGGCAGUUGCAAUGGUCAGAUUCAAAUUUGGGAUAGCUGACAGUUAUGACCUUUUCAAUAUGUGUUUUAGCCUGACAAACAAUUUGUUGCAAUUUUUUCCUGUAAAUGGCUGUUGCUGUCAUCUUUUGUGUAGCUCCAGUUUUAGGUUGUUCUGCAAGGAACAUCUGUGUUGCACUACUUGAUUAUCAGAAAUUGUUUAAAGUACAGACAUGAAUAACUUCAAAGGAGUUGAAGGUGGUGAAGGAGCUGAAGGAGGUAGGAAAUACUUGCUGCUGAAAAUUAUUUAUGUUGUUAAGUAGUCUAAGACACCAAGAAAUCCCCUAAUAUAUUUAAUCUCUCAAAGAAGAGGAAGAAUCGGUAUCUAUAUUGGUUAAAGAUCAGUCUGCUUCAUUGGUAUGGCAACUCCAACAAACAAAAGAUGCAUUUCCAGUGCAAAAAUAAUUUAAACAGCACUGCGGCACAAUUUAAUUAAAUAGCAUCUGUUUGUUUCUUGGCUUGGUGUUCACCAAACCAGCUGUUAGCCAUUUUUCUGUUGUUCUGUAAAAAACAAGCAGGGAAACAGAUACUGUAUCAGUUUUCAAGAUGUGUUCAAGACCUAGGAUAAGCAAAUAUCAGAUCUUUACAUGCACUGUAUCCAGCAAAACAAUUAUGGAACAUAUGCUAUAUUUUGGAGAAGCCACUAGUGGAUUUUUUUGGUUUAGUGAUAUGUGAUGAUAGAAGGGUGUGUUUUCUCCUGUCGCUCUGACAUUUCUGUAAUGUUAAUGAUUUAAAUGAUAAACCCCAUUCUGUUAGAAAAGCCUGGUACUGAGGGAAGAAUAUUAAUUUUUGGAUAGAUGGUGAAGGUACAUGUGCAUGUGUGUAUAUAUGUGUGUAUGUUUGUGUAUAUAUAUGUAUAUACAUGUAUGUAUGUCUAUUACAAGAAAAUACCAUGGGGUAAGAGGAGUACAGAUAUAUGGCAGAGCUACAAGUGAUUGCUAGCUAGUGUGUUCUCUUUUGGCUACCCCUUUCUUCCCUCUACCAUGACUUUUUUUUAAUUUUUAUUUUUUUAUGGAAAUGAAUGUGUGUCAUCUCCUAUAAAUGUUAUCAGAUAUUCCCUGUGGUUGGGGAGCUGUUGAACUACCUGAGGAACUCCAUAAUGUACAAUCUCCUUUCAUUAACUUUUAGCACAAUAUUUAUUAACUUUGUAGAAAUAGUAAUACCAGUUUACCCCACAAAAGGAUACUCUUUACAAGGUCUGUUAAUAUAUUAAAACUGCUUCUCCACAUCUAUUUCUUUACUGGAAAAAAAAAAAAAUCCCUCUUAAUGACUGCUUAGUGUGGUGUGUAAAGAAAGUUGCAUUGCUUUUUCUUCUGUAAAUUAAAUAAUAAAUUGACUAGCGAACAAGUGGGUCUAUGCAUAGCUGCAAUAUUCUAACUAAUCACUGUGACAGCCUGGACCAUCUGGAAAGCUAGGCAAAAAAUAAUAAUUAUUUCCCGGAGUCACUUGCCAAGAGAGCAUUACAUUUACAAAAGUGGUGUGGGUUUUUUUUAGGCUCUGUGUGUCUAAAAACCACAUCCCAUAUUUUCAAACAAGCUAUAAGGAAGUGAAAAACACUAUUUUAAUCAAUUACCUAUCCAGUAAGAAUACAAAGGGUACUCUGAAAGUAUUAAGUGUGUAUAUGAGAAUGUGUAAAGUACAUUUGUCCAAUAGGAUUUCAAGAAGAGAGGAUUUCAAGGGAGCUCUUUUGAGAAUAGUUUUGAAGAAUUUCAGCUCAGAAUGUGAGAUUUUUCUGUUAUGGGAAGCUGAAAAAACUAAUUUGGGGCAUUAAGUUGAUUUUUAUAAGUAUGCAUGUAAGUUCUGUUAAAAUGCAUAUGUGAGGUUAAGUGUUUACUUGUAGAGGAACAGGGCAGGAAAUUGUUUUGGGCUACCAGAAUCAAGUGAAAAAAAUGAGGAGAUAGGUAUUCUCUAGUGUUUGGUGAAAGCAUAGAGAGAGGUUCGUGUAAGGGUUUGGAAAUCACAGAAUCUUAUGGGUUGGAAGGGACCUCGAAAGAUCAUCUAGUCCAACCCCCCUGCCAGAGCAGGAUCACCUAGAGCACAUUACACAGGAAUGUGUCCAGGCGGGUUUUGAAUGUCUCCAGCAAAGGAGACUCCACAGCCUCUCUGGGCAGCCUGUUCCAGUGCUCUGUUACUUCACAGUACAGAAGUUUUUUCUGAUGUUUAUGUGGAACGUCCUGUGUUCCAGUUUGCACCCACUGCCCCUUGUCCUAUCACUGGACAUCACUGAAAAAAGCCUGGCUUUGUCCUACUGCGGGUAAGUUAUGUUUGUAUAACAGUUGAAUUAAUGGAUUUAGUACUUCAGUAUUAAUACUGAAUACACUGUGUCAUUUAAGUAAAAUAUAAUAUAGUUGGAAUAAUUGAGGAUGAAAGAGUUUAUGGUGAAGAACUUUUAACAUUUGAAUAACAUCAUUUCAGUGCAUCCUAAGCAUUAGGUGAUCUUCACAAAUAUCUGGAAAAGGUUUAAAUGUGGACAGUUCUUGGGCUCUCAAACUUGAGGCUAGUUUGUGAUCUGCACAAAGCAGCAGCAGCAGAAUGAGGAGAGGGACGGGUGAGCUCUGAGCUACUUUAUGCAGAAUGGCAACAUACACCAUCACACACUUAGUGUUCUUGACAAAGGCCCUCUGGAAAGAGGUUUGAAGGUCUGCACUUUGUCUUUAUCCAGUCUUUAAAUUAAAGAUAUAGGUGGUGUGAGCAUUAGCUGGUACGUUGUUUCUUUUGGUUUUAACUUAUUUGUGUAAGUCUUUUAAAAAGUAGAAAAUAAUUUUUCUGAUCAGCUGUUUAGGUUGGUUGAAUUGCAGUCUGUUAUGCAGUCCACUGUGACUUAGUGACCUGACUUUCAUAAUUCUUUGAUCUCUUCAAGUCAGUAAAGCUUAGGAUCACAUUUUGUUUUUCAUGUAGUACUGGUGAAAUAAAGAUUAUUCUUUGUUUUUGAACUAAGAUUUACUUAAGUGUAAAAAGCAAAGUUAUGAGAUAACACUACAUUUGUCAAGGUCUUCUUCAUAGUAUCUUCUCACAUUUAAUUUUUGGAACAACCCUAAUGUUAUUUAUUAAAGCUCAAGAUAUGCUUACCUUUGAAGCGGAUUAAAUAAGUAAGACUGUAAAUAUAUAUAUAUAUAUUAAAGAAACUGAAAACUGACUCUCUUUUCAUACCUAUAUAUAAAUGAGAUCAAGUAGUUAGUAGUACUGAGUAACUUCUCCCUAGGACAGUUUUGAACUUGUAUACCAAAGGAUGAUAUUUAGAAGACAUCUCUCCUUUAUUUCAAGUAAAACGUUUGUGAAAUUUCUCUUUAUCAAUUCACUGUAAUUCUUGAUAGUGUUUUUAAUUGUAUUUUUAUCUGUAGUGAAGGAUCUCAUCUAGUCUAUGCAGUUUUUGUACUAUAUGAGCUGUCAGAAAGUGAAAUGUUUGCUGUUCAACUUGGCAUCUGACUCAGGCAAAUUAUUCUAUAUCAAUAUACUUGUUAUCUUGCUUAUAGGAUGUCUAGAAACCAAGUCUCCUUACAUCCAUGUACAUUACCACCAGCAGCACAAAAUAAUAAUACCAGUUUUUAACUGCACUUCUCCUAAUGGAUAAUACACAUGGUGAAAAUCAGGUUUUGGGAAGCCUGUUUGAUUUAAAAAGAAAAAAAAACAAACAACAAAACCAAACCACAACAAACAAUAACGCCCACCCAUCCACAUUACAACUGUUUUGCUAAUCUGCAAAAUCUGUUUACUGAUGUAAACAAGCUGCUUUUUCCCCCUGGUAUACCUUGGAUUAUUAAUAUUAUCACAAAACAGGUUUAUCAAAGUCUUUACAGGUUUUAAAUGUUCUAGUUAGUUGGGAUCCUCUUGAAAGUUGUAUUUCUGCAUCCUUUACAUGAAGAGCAAAGAACUCAGUUUCUGCACUGUAAAAAUUCUGUAUGGGACUGGUAACAGUCCUACAUUAGUCUGUUUAAAAUAGCCCUGCAGGAAUGAUACAUUUAGUUCUAUCAGUAAUGCACAAAUGAAUAGGUAGGUCUUUUAAGUCUUGCCUUAGUCAAUGGGAGCUGUAUACCUUGCUUCCCUCGACCGUGUCUCCCUCCUCCCUGUUUCCUCUGCAAAUCUUUCUCAGUCUCAGUUAACAAAAUAAUUAGAAAAUAUACAUACAGCAACCAAAUGCUUCACAAAGCUUUUACUCUGUAUGUGUAUUUAGUUAACAAUGUAUAUCUGUAUGGAUUAUGAUAUGGUAGGGAGCUUUAGAGCUAGGGAGAAUAGUAGAGGAGAUGUCAGCCUUCUUCCACUCCUAUCCUGAGAGUUUUGCAAAUACUUGUUCUAUGUUGUCACCUUUGGCACUCCUCUCUUCCACUGUUAAAGGCACCUUGUUGGCUAGGCUAGAUCCUCAGGCUAAGUGCUGUGAAUAUUGAUAUAUUUUUUUCCUUUCAAAGAAAAAUUAAAAAAGCACAUAUAAAUACAUAUAUAAUGUGAACUUAAGGCCUGAUCUAAUAAAUACUAUUAGAUGAAAGCACUACAUAGGUUAUAUUUACUUGACUGGAAAUUCAAGCAUGUGCUUCAGUGCUUUCUACAAUGGGCUUUUAAUGCUUUUUUGUUUAAAAGCUGUUGGUUUCAACUGUAAACACUUGUUAGUAGUCUCCUUCUGGGAAGAGUAGUAGUUCUUGUGCAGUCAUGUGCAUGUGGGUUCAUUGUAUACAUCAGUGUUAGGCUGAACUGAAAUAUUUGGGAGAUACUUUCCUUCCAUCCCAAGGAGCCAAAUUCUCCUUAUUAUUACUAACCACACUUCUUAGUACACAAUUUAAAGGAAGAAAGGGUUUUCUGAAAAGCUGAUGUAGGUAAAAACUAAGUUAAAUGUCUCCUUAUUCUCUAUUAAAGUCAUCAGGUGCCUGAAUGCAGAAAUGCUUCUGAGUGGCAGCAUAGCAAGCUUUGCACAGUUUGAGUUGAGUGCUAUUCAUCUGACUGCAGUCUGGAAUACCCCAUAUGUGAGGAAAAGGUACCCUUUGUUUAGUUUUAAUUCACCUUUUUUCUGUGCAUCUGUGGAAGAAAACUGUUGUGUUUUUCUUUUAGUUACCAUUUACCCAAAUGGCCCAGAUAAAAUAGGUGUUUCACUGCUUUUCCUCAGGAGAUAAUUCCUCCAGUUGUUUUCUUUUGGUUUUCAUUUACUGGACUUGGGAAAUUGGCAAGUAUUUCCAGAGCUUAGUUCUGUGAUUAUACUCAGCACAGACACAAUUUCUUAACACAACUUCUGUCCCAGAAGCAUGAUUUUCAGCAUAGGUUAUGAUUUACAACUGCUAAGGUGUUUUGAGAUUGAGCUGAACUGAGAGGCCACUUGUUUAUUUAGCUUCCUAUCUAGUCAGGAUUUUCCUCUUGAGGGAGCCAUAUUUUUUGCCUUGAAGUAACUUUUAAAAAUAAACUUUGCACCUGACAGUACUGCUUUAGUCAUACAUGGCUCUGAGCUGUUGCUUAAAGCCGUGAGGGGGGUGGAAAAAAUAAAGGAAAAACUUGUAAUGUGUGUUCUGAUUCAACCCUUCACUAUGCAGGAGCAGCUUAUUAUAAGAUUAGAUAAAUGCUGCUUGUAAGACUUACCUCCUGUUGGCCAGUGUUUUGAUGGAAGCUGUGAAUUUGUUUUUGUGGGCUCAGUUGGCUUGAUUAAUUUUUAUUAAAGCUAACGAAGGAGUGGAAACAAAGGCCUUACAGCAACAGUUAACCAUAUUUUCCCAUAAUUCUUAAAGAUUGUGCAAUUAUCUGAUUACAAAUGGAUUUUUAAAUGCCAAAAAAUGCCUUUUUGAAGAAUUAAUUUUAGGUCUGAGGAGUGUUGGAAUAUCUAUUUUCAAAAAUGAGCCUUCAGGCACUGUAAUUAACUUGCUCUCAUUCUUCUGUGCAAUAUCUUUCCCUUCUGGGUGCUUUAAGAGUAUACUGUAUGUCUUAUUUUGUUUUGAUCAGUAUGUUUUAAGACUGUGUAUAUUGGCUAAUGAUGGAUUUUUUUCUGUACAGCAUGGUUGAAGAUGUUUUAAAAUUUUGCACUUUUCUAGGAUUUGCAAGUUUGUAACCUGACAAUUUUUAACAUGCACACUUUUGUACAUAAUUAGCAUUGUAUAUAUUUAACAUGAGUCUAAAACAAAUAAAAGUAAUUGAAUGCAUAA